UAUAUGGCCAUGUCGUGAGUAAUUCUCUCACUUACCUCUGCAGACUCCCCCAGAACUGCACUCACUGUCUCUUCCCUCCUGGGUCUCUCUGUCUGCAGCCAGUGCCGUUGCAUCAGGAGCCCAUGAGGGGUGCUUAAGUCCAGGAAUCUCUGUACUUCACUUCUCAGCUGCCUUUACAGAAUGUUCCAGAAGCCUCCAUCUUCAGAAGUUCCCAGAGGGCAACAGAUACCAGAUUCCUGGUUUACUGAAAUCCAUGAACACAGACCAGUUCCUCCUGACUGUGGCCUCAGUGGACACCCAGAUGGUUGUCCCAGAUGUUCCCUCCCUUCCCCCAGUGGCCUGCUUCAGGGAAUUCUGUCCAGCUGCUUCUGCAGCCCCUCAUUCCCCUCGUUUCUCAUCCCUCAGGCACCCCUCCUUGUUAAAGGGCAGCGUCUUCAGUUUACUUGGCUGGGAUCCUUGCUGUCCUCCUCAACAUCGAUCUCCGUGUGCGGGUCAUCUCCGGUCAGGAUGUUGUCUGCUCUGUCUUCACUUGAUGCCUGCAGUCCAGCCACUGCGUAUUACUCCAGUUUUCCCACCCUGGCUCCAGCUACCUCCAUCGCCCCCAGAUCCAGGACCGUCCGUUCUCCACAGCAGUCGGAAUGAUCUUGGGUGGGAAUCAGAGCAUGCCGUUCUUGCUCGAUGCCUUGGGGUGGCGUGUCCUCGCUUGGAGUGAAAUCUCAAGUCCUUACCAUACGCUGUGAGCCCCGAAGGCCUGGGCUUUCGUUUUCAUGCCUCCUGGAAGGCUCUUCUGCACAAAUCUUGGAAUUAUUGUCAUUCAAGGAUAUAUCUAUGGAGUUCACCUGGGAAGAGUGGCAGUUGCUGGACUCGACGCAGAAGUACCUGUACAGGGACGUGAUCCUGGAGAACUAUAGCCACCUCGUGUCUCUGGGGUAUCAUGGUACCAAACCCGAUUUAAUCUUCAAGUUGGAGCAAGGAGAGGAGCCAUGGAUAAUAAAUGCCCAAGUUUCCCGUCAGAGCUGUCCAGAAGGUUGGAAAGAAUGGUGCCAGGAAAAUGAAGAGGAGUUUGAAAUUGUUGAGAGAAGUUUCGCUUGUGCUGUGUUUGGAAGACGUCGUCUGAGCAGAACCCGUGUUCCUUCAGGACAGAGAAUCCACAAGUAUAGCACACAUGGAAGAAGGCUGACCCAAAGCUCAGCUUCAGCCAAAAGCUGUCUGAGAAGAAACCCUGACAAGUUCCACGGAUAUGAAGAAUCCUAUUUUCUCAAGCAUCAGAGCGUUCAUAGUAUAGAAAAAAACUGUGUGUGUAACGAAUGUGGGAAAGCCUUUCGUUGUAAAUCCCAGCUGAUUGUGCAUCUCAGAAUUCACACAGGAGAGAGGCCUUACGAGUGCACCAAGUGUGAAAGGGCGUUCAGUGCCAAGUCCAACCUGAACGCUCACCAGCGGGUGCACACGGGAGAAAAGCCCUACUCCUGCGGGGAGUGCGGGAAGCUCUUCUCCUUCAGGUCCCAGCUCAUUGUCCAUCAGGAAGUUCACACGGGAGGGAAGCCGUACGGCUGCAGCGAGUGUGGGAAGGCCUAUAGCUGGAAGUCACAGCUGCUUUUACACCAGCGAAGCCACACGGGCGUGAAGCCGUACGAGUGCGGCGAGUGUGGGAAAGCCUUCAGUUUGAAGUCACCGUUCGUCGUCCACCAGAGGACUCACACGGGGGUAAAGCCCCAUAAAUGCAGCGAGUGUGGGAAAGCCUUUAGGAGUAAGUCCUACCUCCUGGUUCACAUCCGAAUGCACACCGGGGAGAAACCCUAUCAGUGCAGCGACUGUGGGAAGGCCUUCAAUAUGAAGACGCAGCUUGUCGUCCACCAGGGAGUCCACACGGGAAAUAACCCUUACCAAUGCGGCGAAUGUGGGAAGGCCUUCGGCAGGAAGGAGCAGCUCACCGCACACCUGAGAGCGCACGCGGGCGAGAAGCCGUACGGGUGCAGCGAGUGUGGGAAGGCUUUCAGCAGCAAGUCAUACCUCGUCAUACACAGGAGAACGCACACGGGAGAGAGACCGUACGAGUGUAGUUUCUGUGAGAGAGCCUUUUGUGGGAAAUCCCAGCUCAUCAUACACCAGAGGACUCACUCGACGGAGAAACCCUACGAGUGCAGCGAAUGUGAGAAAGCCUACCCCAGGAAGGCGUCGCUUCAGAUCCACCAGAAAACUCACUCAGGAGAAAAACCUUUCAAGUGUGGUGAAUGUGGGAAGGCCUUCACUCAGAAGUCGUCCCUCAGUGAGCAUCAGAGAGUUCACACCGGAGAGAAGCCUUGGAAAUGCUCUGAAUGUGGGAAAUCCUUCUGUUGGAACUCAGGGCUUCGGAUACAUCGAAAAACUCACAAGUGAGAAAUUAGAAUGAAGGAGAUGUUAGGAACUUUGUCACGGAUGUUGACCCUCAGGGGACUUUCGAUGAUAAUGGAGAUGGGAUGUAGAAGCAGGAAGUCCUAAAAAUACACUCCUGUCAACCAAGUCAGAGAGAGACCAUCGUGUUUGGAAUGUGGGGGCAGAAGCUUUUAGAAAUAAGUCCUAUGAGACUCUGCAGAUGAGAACUGGAGGAAUGAGGAGUAACUACGAAGGGCAGCGCCAUCAUGGUAGAGAUAAAAUCCGGAGAAUUCGUAUUUAAAACCUAGGAAAGCAUUUUCCCAUAGGAAAUGUGUUACGUGUGGAGAGUUACAUUCCAGAUUUGAAGCUACUUGAAAAACCAUUCCAGGUUUUUUCAGGAUGGAGUAUAAAGUUGUUUUUUAUUUUAAUAUGUAAAUAAAGCAAUGGUCAGGAAAACAUCAAGGAACAUAUUCUGAAGGUUAAAGGACAUUUAGUGUGACUUUCUUAAGUCACACUGAAUAGCAUUUUUUAAAAUUUUGGUAUUUUUUAAUGUAAUUUGUCAUACAUAUAUUUGGUAGCUUAUGGAAUAACAUCCCCUAAUAUUCUCCAUAUUAAAUGCUAAAUAUCA